AUGUCAAAUUGCUCAACGAUCAAAGAAAAGAGAGAGGAAAUACGCAGAGAACAAAAGAGAAAAUGGAAACAAAAACAAAAAUUAUUGAGACCAGCAAAGGAGUUGUCUCAAUCUAUAGCUGCUGUAAAGAAGAGGCAGCAGAGAGAGAGGCUUGCUCGGAAAAAAGAGGAAGAACGUGAAAAAAGACAACAAGCUACAGAAAGAAAGCGGAAAAGUAGGGCAGUCCUUAAGAGUAAACAGAUUCAAGAGAAAUUAAAGAAGGAAGAAAAACGCAAGAAAAACACAGAGAAACAAAGACGAUGGCGAGAAAAGAAAAAAAUACUCAAGCAACACAAUCUUCCGCUCACACAAGAGGAACAACAAAUAUUUCAAAAUAAAAUGAGCAAAUCCCGUGCAAUAAGAAAGUUAAAGGAAGCUCUUCCUAGGACACCUCUAAAACGUAUUGCAAUUGUAAAGGCGUACUUGUCCUCAAAGAAAUCACCCACGGUUAAGGAACUACAGCGUAGAAAGGUUGUACCAUCACCGGAAGAACGCAAAGAAUUGGAAAUGAAUGAAUCGGUUAUACAGGAUGUGAAAUCUUUCUUAAUUCGGUGA